UCUUCAAUUGAAUUUAUCUCUCUCAGUUCCUCACGCAGUCAGCCGUAAUCCCAAAUGGGAAUACUAUCCCGCUAAAUUACAGCGAAAAGUAAUUAUUCAAAAUGGCUUCGCUGCGAUUGAGCUGCCAGAGCUUCAACUUCAGCUCCUGGCAGAGUCCAAAUCCGGCGAGAGUUGACCGGUUUAAGAUUUUGUGCAGCAAUCUACCCCAUUCCGCCCGAGCAGAAGACUCGCAAUGUAAAAAGGAGGAUAACGAAGCGCCAUUCGUUUUGCUGGAGAAAUACGGAAAUGGCACAUCCAAACGCUUCAUUUUAGAAUCUGAUCUGCUAAUUAGAACCGUUCUCGAGGAGGAUGGUUCGCCCCAAACCAAUGUGAUGCAAAACUUGCACGCUGAGGAAAGUGACGAUUACUUGUCUUGGCUUCCAAAAACCAUCAAAGCUUUUAUCCUUCCUGCAGGUUUCCCAGAUUCAGUGUCAGAUGAUUACUUGGAGUACAUAUUGCUCCAGUUCCCAACUAAUGUUACAGGGUGGAUAUGUCAUACACUGGUCACUUCCACUCUUCUUAAGGCUGUUGGAGUAGGGUCAUUUUCAGGAACUACAGCAGCAGCUUCUGCCGCUGCUAUUAGAUGGGUGUCAAAGGAUGGCAUCGGUGCUCUUGGCCGUUUAUUCAUAGGUGGAAGAUUUGGUAACCUUUUUGAUGAUGAUCCAAAACAAUGGCGCUUAUAUGCAGAUUUUGUUGGCAGCACUGGGAGCAUCUUUGACCUCAGCACCCAGCUAUAUCCUGCAUACUUUCUACCUUUGGCAUCACUGGGAAAUCUUGCCAAGGCAGUAGGUAGAGGUCUAAGAGAUCCUUCAUUCCGUGUGAUCCAAAAUCAUUUUGCAAUCUCUGGGAAUCUGGGAGAAGUAUCAGCCAAGGAGGAAGUGUGGGAAGUGGCUGCUGAGCUGGUUGGGCUUGCUUUAGGCAUACUUGCUCUGGACACGCCUGGAUUUUCAACUUCAUAUCCUACAUUGACACUCACAUGGCUUGGAGUGCGUCUUCUUCACCUAUGGUUCCGUUAUCUGUCCCUCUCAGUUCUGCGGUUUAACACGAUAAAUCUCAAGCGUGCACGGAUAUUGGUGAACUCGCAUAUUUCAUCGCAAAAGAUUCCUGGAAUCAGUGACUGCAACAAGAUGGAAAAUAUAUUGGUAUGGGAAAAAUUUCUUAAACCAAAAAUUACUUUUGGUGUGCCCUUGGAAGAGAUGAUUAAUGGCAACAAACCUGGCUCCCUGGUGAAGAUACUUCUCAAACUCUAUACAAAGGAGAAAUAUUUUCUUGUGGUGAACCAACCCGGAACAGAAUUUGAGAUCUUUGUCUCGUUCAAGGAGGGAGCUACAAGUGUAUCAGUCCUACGAAGUGUGUGGCAAUCCUACUGGCUCCAUCAAAAUCGGAGCAAAUCAGAUGAUGUCUUGAGCCAACUUGAGCAAAGUUUGAUUGCUUUAAACGAUACGUUUGAUGAUUUUUUGCUACAACUGGAAAGGACUGGAUGGGAGACAAAUCAGAUGUAUCUCAAGGUCCCUAAGGAAAUUUCAAUUCAAGAACAAUCUCCAGCGUCGUCAUAAGGUGACAUACGAAUUCCUAGUCUUGAAUAUUUGUUUGAAUUGCCACGAAAAGAUAUUAAGUUAUUGCCUUACUCCAACCUCUGAGAGUCGGUUGAGUUCCAGAAUAUGUGAUGAAGAGAUAUUUUGAGCUCUUUAUAAUAUACUUGCUAUAGUAGAAGACUUUCGCUAGCUGACUUAUAUUGUUGUCUCUGUUUAUUUGAUUCUUUGUACUCAUGUAAUAUUAGUCAUACAAACAAUUGGUUA